UGAACGAUUUAAGAGGAGAGAAGUAAGAGUAGAGAUCCUUCUUAUACAGAUAUAGAAAUAGGAACUAACUAUUUGAUGAGUGUAUUCUGUUACGAUGGAUGUAGUGAUUAGCUCUACUUGAAUUGUAUUGUCAUCAUGAAAAACAGCAUUUCGCCGACACUAAUGGAUGACCCUCAGCUCUCUUACUCCGGAGAAAUCGCCACGCCUUUAGUCAAAGUGAGUCUGUCUUUAGCUCUGGUAGCUGUCAUACUUCACACAGUUGGCAUGGCUUGUCCCUAUUGGCUGGUCGGGGCCAUGUACUACCCGCCAUAUGGUCUGAACAGAAUGAAUAUAGGAGUUUUUCAAGGAUGUUCUGACUUGACAGGCUGCACAUCAGCUAGAGGAGACACAAAUGAUUGGCAAAAAGCAUCGGCGGCACUAGAGGUGGUAGCAGAGCUUCUUUGUCUCUGCGACAUCGUCACUCUGUUUGCAGCAAUGUUCAAGGUGAAGUCCAGUCACACCUGGAAAUAUGUGAAGAUAGCAUCAAGCAUGUUAACUCUUGCAGCUGCAUUGUCCAUGGUGGUCCCCCUUGCCCUCUACGGGACCAAUGCCAACAAGAUGUACCCUGGAGUGAUCCUGAAUGUUGGAUGGGCCUAUGUACUGGUCUGUGUCUCCGCCAUCAUGCAGUCCCUUUCCGGAGUUACUCUAAUUAUCGAACUACUCGUCUGAAGAAAACUGAUCAGAAAAGAAAUAGAU